AUGAGCAACGUCAGUCACAUUAAAGGAAAUGUCUUGAACAGCAGUAAUUUGCAACGCAUAGUGAUUCAUUCCUGCAAUUGCAGGGGAUCAUGGGGAGGGGGAAUCGCUUAUCAGUUAGCUCAACGCUAUCCCAAGGCUGAACAAGUUUAUAGAAAUAUUUGCGAGAAAUAUAAUGAUAGACUUUUAGGCAAAUGUCUUUUGAUUCCAAGUUUUGAAUCUGAAAAUCUCAUUAUUUGUUGUCUCUUUACCUCCACUUAUGGUGGAUCAGUCCAUGACCAGCAAAGCUCAAUACUAGAGAAUACAUUGUUAGCAUUAGAUCGAUUAAGAAACAUUAUAUAUCGCAAACCCAAUUUCCUAGAAGACAAUGUUGACAAGAAACUAGAUAUUCUGAUGAGAAAUCUGGACGAGAAUUUAUCAAACUACAAUCUAGAGAUGCCUAAAAUUAACAGUGGAAUUUUUGGAGUACCUUGGGAGAAGACCGAACAGUUGUUAGGUGAGUAUUCCACAGGGGAACAUCCUUUGCACUUCGACGUUUUUUCGCUAUGA